CACACACACACUCUCUCUCUCUCUCUCUCUCUCUCUCUCUCUUUCUUUCUUUCUUUCUCUCUCUCUCUCUUCCCUCUUUUUUCUUCAUUCGCGCUUUGCAUUCCCACGCACCCCCAUCGGCCGACUAAUUGUUUGACUGACUGAUUCGAUUGCCAUGGAAGCACCGAACUACGGCGCCGGCAGCAGCAGUCUGCCCCCAAGCUACGUCCAUGAGGAAAACGCCCCCCUUAUCCCCAAGAGUAACACCGAGGGCAAGUUCGCCCCCGAGGCCCGCUACAACGAUGUCUGGGCCACCGGUCUGUUUAUCCUCAACAUGGCCGCCUUCACGGGUCUGAACGUCUACUCUUUCAAGGCCUACGCCCACAACCUCUCCAACCCCUUCACAAUCCUCGACGACGGUACCCAGGUCGCCACCAACGCCUUUGCUAUCGACCACUCGCUCUCAGUCUUGGCCCUGUCCUCGAUUGCCGUCACCUUUGCCCUUGCGUUUGGCUAUUUCAUUCUCAUCCAACGCCAAACCGCCUUCCUUGUCAAGUUCUCGUUCUUCUUUAGUAUCUUCCUUACCAUUGGCCUGGGCAUCAUCCAGAUCAUGUCCGGCAGCAUCUUCUGGGGAGGACUUUGCCUGGCCACUGGCCUCGUCGUCCUCUUCUGUUACAAAUUGUGGGCCUCACGGAUGCCCUUCUCGAUUCUUCUUCUGCAGACCAUCACCUCUGUCACGCGCAAGUACCCUGGUACUCUGGCAGUCGCAUUCUCUGGUUUGUUCACUCAGAUUGCAUGGUCCUCGCUCUGGAUUUUCUCCUUGAUGAUCAACUAUUCAGUGUUCCAGCGCAUCUCCAAUUGCAGGGUCGAGGAGGUCGAGGACGGAAGAAGCAAGAUGGUCUGCGACGACAACCGUCUAUACUUGGUCAUGGUCUACCUCAACUUCGUCAUGUUCUGGAACACAGAAGUGAUCAAGAACGUUGUCCAUGUCACCAUCUCAGGAGUCUUUGGCGUCUUUUAUUUCUUUGAGGGCUCUGCUGCAGGCGCACCCUCUUCGCCCACUCUUGGAUCGGCUAAGCGUGCGCUGACAACGUCCUUUGGAAGUAUCUGUUUUGGAUCGCUCUUGAUUGCGCUCCUCCAGACUCUGCGUUACGUCUGUCAAUCGCUCAGGUCAGACUCAGACAACGGUCUGAUGGCCUUUUUGGCCAUGUGUGCGGACUGCAUCCUCUCGUGCCUCGAGGGUCUCUUUGAGAUCUUCAACAAGUUUGCAUUCACUCAGGUGGCGAUGUACGGCAAGCCAUUCGUCAAGGCUGCACACGACACUUGGGAGUUGGUCAAGGACCGCGGCGUGGAUGCGCUCGUGAACGACAACUUGGUCGGCAAUGUCCUGGGCAUGGGCACGCUCUCGGUCGCCCUUGCGAGCGGUCUCUAUGGCUACCUCUUUAUCAAGUUGGUUCAGCCCGGCUUUUAUGAUAAGGAUGACGAGACGCUGGUUGUAUUCAUUGUAGUCAUUGUCGAGAUGAUCCUUGGUGCAGUGAUGAUGUCGGUUCCCAACAACGUUAUUGAUUCUGGAGUGACAACCACCUUUGUCGCCCUAGCGGAGGAUCCUCAGACGCUCUACAGGACGAAGCCCGACCUGUACCACGCCAUUGCGGAGCACUAUCCCCAAGUGACCCGCAAUGUCCGCGGCAUUUAUGUCCAGCAUGAUUAAACAAGGAAAAUGACACGUUAGCAUACGAAAUGAACGAAUGACAGGAAGCCAUCGAAAUACAUCCUUUAUUCUUGGCUACUAUGCACGUCUCUUAGCAGCACAAUAAAAACAAAUGCAUUAAAACUC